AUGACCAUUUUAAUCCUUGUUAUGGCAUAUGUUUCGAUACUGAGCAAUUCAGGGGUUAAUUCACGCAAUAACAAGAAUGUAGCUAUAGAGCUGACAAACAAGGGCCCAGCUCGGCCGAUUCCGUCGUCAUUUGCGGAUCCUUACAUGACAAAACAGAUAAGUGGGCCAGAGGGCUACUCUUUAUUCACGUUUACGUGGGAUGGGACCUACCACGUGACCUCUGUGACCCUGGAUAACGAGCAACUCUUCAAGGGCGAAAAUGCGAUGGAUUUCUCGCACAUUCAAUCGGUAGACGCGUACUGGAAGGAUGAUAAGCCUGUGCUCCUGUCAUUCUACCAGCCUGGAAUCAUAUUUGGGUCCUUUACCUACUUGAAGCAGGUGGAGGGGAGUCGCUGGGAAAAGGUUGAUAUUCGGGACUACAGCGACAAUAACAGCUACUUUCUGGAUAAUAAUGAAGUAAAGGAGCUCUUGGAUGAUAUUCUGGCCGAGAAGAACGGUGAACCUCCGAAACACAGUCGAUUUUCUCUUCCGUCCUACCUGGCGAUUCUGUUGCUUUUCCUGGUCUAA